AUGAUGGCACGCCCCCUGGCCGCGCUUUUUGCAGCGGCCAUUGUGAGUUUUGCGGCUCUGAAAUUCAUUCCCCACCUGCUGGAAGACGGUCACGACGAAAACAAUCAUCUUUUCUACGACGCUGCGACGGGCAUUUUCAUGGUCUUCGCGCUUGUCGGCACCACCUACGGCAUUUGGGCGACGAGACGACUGAGGAAGGAGCUGAGUGCCAGAUCUUCCCAACAUUCAGAAGCUCUGGCACUUGCCCAGCACGAUGCGCUGACCGGUCUUCCCAACCGCCGCCGGUUACUGGAAGCAUUUGCGGUUCUCAGCCGGGAGGUGAAGGACGAUUGUUUUCGCGCGAUCAUGAUGCUGGACCUGGACGGCUUCAAGCCCAUCAACGAUGUGUACGGCCACGCGUUCGGCGACAACCUGCUGCGCAGCUUUGCCGGGCGCCUGGCCGAAACUGUCGGCAAUGACGGCAUUGUUGCCCGUCUCGGCGGAGACGAAUUCGCAAUCAUAUCGCCCGUGUUCAAAGACAAGUCGGAAGCUUCGGGCUUCGCGCGGCGCCUCCUGACCCGUAUCAGCGAACGUUUCGAAUUCGGCGAGAGACAGAUCUCCAUCGGCACCGGUAUCGGUAUCGCCCUCUACCCGCAUGAUGGACAUGCCAUCACCGAGCUUCUUCGCCGCGCCGACAUCGCUCUUUACCGGGCGAAAUCUUCCGGCAGAUCCACCUAUCGUUUUUUUGAAGUGGAUAUGGAUGCGUCCAUCCUGCACAGGACACUUCUGGAGCAAAGAUUGCGUCGUGCGAUCGAAAACGAAGAGGUGAAGGUACAUUACCAACCCAUUCUCGACAUGGACACGGGACGGAUUGCCGGAUUCGAAGGGCUUGCCCGCUGGUCGGACAGUGAUUUCGGCGACGUGCCCCCCAUGCAAUUUAUUCCGAUCGCUGAAGACUGCGGCAUCAUUUCAGAGUUGACGCGUCACCUUCUUGCCCAGGCCUGUUCUGCGGCCAGGAGUUGGCCGGACGAGCUCUAUCUUUCGUUCAACCUAUCGCCUGUUCAGCUGCAGGACCCGGCUCUGCCGACGCAGAUCCAGACCAUACUGGACACUGCCGGCUACCCGGCCGACCGGUUGGUUCUGGAGAUCACCGAAACGUCGCUGGUGAAAAAUCCCGAAUCUGCAAAACGCAUUUUGAACGAGCUCACCAAAGCGGGCAUUACUAUCGCGCUUGACGAUUUCGGCGCCGGUCACUCCUCCUUGAGCUACCUCAGGGACUUUCCGAUCAAGAAGGUGAAGAUCGACAAGUCCUUUACCGAGCGCAUGCUGACGGACAAGCAGUGUGCCGCCAUCGUGGAAGCGGUACUCGUGCUUUCCAGGGGGCUCGAUAUCGACGCGGUUGCCGAGGGCGUUGAACAGGGUGAGGUUCACGACGCGCUCAGCUCCAGCGGUUGUCACUAUGGCCAGGGUUUCCUGUAUGCCAAAGCGGUCUCAGCAGAAGCUGCGGCCGAACUGCUCAACGAUCAGGCCGAUGGCAGCCUUUCAUUUUCCGAUACUUCCAACGUGGCGUGA